AUGUCUAUAAACGAACAAGCGGUUUCUACACUCUAUUCCGUAUCCAGUUUAACGCUGGAUAUACCGGCUUUGGGACUGCAUUUGCCCGUGAUGGAUGUACUGUUUACUAUUCUUGUGCAUUAUUCCUAUCGGUCUGCCUUGGGUGAAAGCCAUGCCUACAUCGGUUGGGGUCAAGGAUUGGUGGCAACCCUCUUUAUGGCCUCCGGAGGUGGCUGCACGGUGUCCUUAAUCAGAGGUGAAACUUUUGGCCUUUUACAAAGCAACCUCACUUGGGCGAUCCACUGUUUCAUCUACUGGGCCAUGUUUUCCAACUCAUUUAUCUACAGAUGUACCCAAAGCCUAUUCGAGAUGCCCCUGGGAGAACAUUUGUUUACUUUGUCGGACGCUGUUCUCCGAACAUCCGCCAUGGUGCAAUACGGUAUCGAAGGAGUCACUGCGAAUCCCGGACUCGGCGCUGGCAAGUCGGUAGCCAAAAUCAUUUGUGGUACAUUAGCCGGAUGUGGAGGUGGACUCUGGAUCGGUAAGAUAACAGACAUCCAAAUGAAACGGCGUAUCAAAUAUUGA